UCGGCGGCGACACUUUAGCACCUCAACACGCGCAAAACCCCUUACUUCCACCUUUUCACAAGCCCUCGAGAGUAUAUUCACAGCAAAGAGGGCAAAAUGAGCGGAAACAAGAAGAGUAGCCUAACAAGCUACCUCCCCGACAUCCUCAUGGCAGCCGCCGCCCCCCUAAUAGCCUAUUUCGUCAUCCGACAGCUCCUCUCACGCCUUGACCCAGAAGCUCAACAAAAAGAAGAAGCGCGGCAAAAGGCCUCGGCGGCGAAUCGUAAACUCGACGCCAUAUUAGCGAAUAAGUCACGAAGAGAUUAUGAUUCGGACAGCGAGGAUGAGGAGGAAUAUGGCGGCAAGAGGUGGAGAAGACCAAGGAUAGAGGAUCUGAAUUUGAACGCGUAUGAGCAGACGAUUGCUAUGGAGGUAGUGGCGCCGGAGGAAAUUCCGGUGACAUUUGAUGACAUCGGCGGCCUCGACCCCAUAAUCGAGGAACUCAAGGAAUCCGUCAUCUAUCCGCUCACACUCCCACACCUCUACUCACACUCCUCGUCCCUCCUCGCUGCGCCCUCGGGCGUGCUCCUCUACGGCCCUCCCGGUUGCGGUAAGACCAUGCUGGCGAAAGCGCUGGCGCAUGAAUCCGGCGCUUGCUUCAUCAACCUGCACAUUUCUACCUUGACCGAGAAGUGGUAUGGCGAUUCAAAUAAGCUAGUCAACGCGGUGUUCAGUCUAGCCCGGAAACUGCAGCCCAGCAUCGUCUUUAUUGACGAGAUCGAUGCAGUACUGGGCCAGAGGAGAAGUGGAGAGCACGAGGCAAGUGGCAUGGUAAAGGCUGAAUUCAUGACGCACUGGGACGGCCUCGCAUCUACCAUCCACACCGGCUCUACAACGCCCCAACGAAUCUGCAUCCUCGGCGCCACGAACCGCAUCCAAGACAUCGACGAAGCCAUCCUCCGCCGCAUGCCCAAGAAAUUCCCCGUCGCCCUGCCCAACGCCAGCCAACGCCACAACAUCUUCUCCCUCAUCCUACGCGGCACUAAAAUCGACCAGCCGAACUUCGACCUCAACUACCUCGUCCGCGUAUCCGCUGGCAUGAGUGGCUCGGAUAUCAAGGAGGCGUGUAGAGAUGCAGCAAUGGGCCCGGUGAGGGAGUAUAUCAGGAGAAUGAAGAAGGAGGGGAAGUUGAAGAGGGGCGUAGAUCCGAAGGAAGUCAGGGGGUUGAGAACAGAAGAUUUCUUUGGACGGAACAAGGCUGCGAGGGAUUUGGAGACGCUGGAUGAUGCGAAGAAUUCAAGAGAUGCGGGUAGGAGGAUACAUACGACUGAGGAGAGCGAGGAUGGAAGUAGUGUGAGCACGGAGAGCGGUGAGGAGAGGUUUAGGGAUAGUGCAUAUCAUGAUGCGGAUGCGGACGCCGUGAGGUAGACCCUCAGUGUUUGAGCGAGGACCUUGUGUCGGAUAUGGCGGAUUUGGACGGGAUCUUGGAUACACUUGUAUUUCUUGGCGUGGACAUCGCGGCUCUACACGUAUAUAUGGGUGGCACGUCUUUCGAACGGAGUAGGUCGGUUUGGCGGUCUUCACCCACGGUGAUCUCAACUAUUGGACUGGAUGGGUGGAUGGUAAUGGGUCAUUGUUCGAAUAGAGGGGGAAUGGUAGUCACGGCGUCGCGUUGCAUUGUGUUGUAGUGCAUCUGAAUAGAAAGCCUGGAGGGAUUGGCCAACAACGAAUUGCAAACUCGUGCGACGUACGCACGUCAAUACUCUUACAUAGGGUAAUUGCUCAUCUAUGGCCCGGGGUCGGAAGCGCCUUAUCGACCUUGCGUGUGACG